AUGCAACUGUCCGUCGCUGUAUUAGCUGCGGCUGUCAGUCAAGCCGUCGUUAGUACGGCUUCUACCCUCACGCCGCCCGUGUUACCCUUAAUAGUGCGGAAUCCCUACCUCAGCACGUGGAUGGGAAAUGCCCGCGAGAAUCCUUGGGCUAAAUGGCCCAUGUUCUAUACUGGAGAGGAAGUCGGCCUUGCAUUGAUGGCCCAUGUUCCUAGCAAGGGAACCGUUUAUCCUUUAGUUGGUAGGCCACAGGAUUCGUUGGCCUCGGAUUCUGGAUACCAAGUACAAUACCCUGAUUACUUGGGACAUAACUAUGACGCCUCUACGACCAACUUCACCUAUCGUAUUGACACUGGUGCUGCGAAGCCCCUUGAUAUCACGGUCUCCUUCCUCUCGCCCAUCACGCCGACCUCGACUUUGCGACAGUCGAUUCCGGCUUCCUAUGUGACAAUCGAUGUACAGGGUGGCGUUGAUGUCAAUGUCUAUAUGGAUAUCGAUGGGCGAUGGGUAAGUGGAGAUGGAGGCAGUCACCUCAACUGGCAGUGGGAUACACUCGAAGUUGAAGAAAGCGACAAUCAAAAACCCAGUCUGCAAAGCUGGCAGAUUCGCCGAGACUCAGAGCUUGAUUUGUCUGAAAUCCGCGAUCGGGCCGAGUGGGGUACUCUUCAUUUCACUGGUCCUAACGAUGCGCGGUAUGAGUCUGGAGAAGCAUCACAGGUGCGACGACACUUUGCGAAAAGUGGAGUCCUGCGUAACUCAAAUGAUGGUCAAUUCCGAGCCAUUCGUGAUCGCUCGCCCGUUUUUGCGUUCUCUAAGUCCUUCAGACUCAGCCAAGCAGACCAUCGUUCUCAAAGCGUCACAUUUACCGUGGCCCUCAUCCAGACCCCUGUCGUUCAGUAUGCCGCUGCUCGUGGACUCACCAUGAUGCGACCUCUUUGGGAAUCCUGGUUCCCAAGCACCGACCAGUUGCUGAAUUUCCACUACAAUGACCACGCCGCAGCAAGUGCCCUGGCAUCCAACUAUUCCGCACAACUGGCCAAGGACGCGUAUCUCUCUGGAGCAGAUGACUACGUAGACAUUGUUGCUCUCAGUGCUCGACAGGUGAUGGGGGCGACCCAGUUCUCGGGUACCCCGGACAGCCCUAUCCUGUUUUUGAAGGAGAUCUCUUCAAAUGGUAACUUCCAGACCAUCGAUGUCAUCUUCCCGGCCUUCCCAUUCUUCCUCUAUACCAAUCCCCGCUGGCUGGCGUAUCUCUUGGAGCCACUGAUCGAGCAUAUGCUCAGCGGACAAUACCCCAAUACCUAUGCUAUGCAUGACCUGGGUAGCCACUUCCCCAAUGCCACCGGCCACCCCGAUGGUAAUGAUGAGUACAUGCCUGUGGAGGAGUGCGGUAACAUUCUGAUCAUGGGUCUUGCCAUCGCCAAUUCACUUCAGUACGAGGAUAGCUCCGAGGCGUCUUCCAUCUGGUCGUCACAGGGUGAGCCUCGAUCAAAAUUCUCGACGCUGAACCAGGGCCUGUUCCCUCUUGAUGAUCUUCAAGUCAUGUCGGGAAUUAGCUAUCAAGAUAGCAAAUGGGGCGGAGGUAUAGAGGGUCGGAGUCUUGCAAAGAAAUGGGUGCAGCGAAGCUACCGUCUCUGGAAGCAAUGGACUGGCUACCUGGUUGAAUUCUCCUUGGAACCUGCUAACCAGCUGUCCACUGAUGACUUUGCUGGCUGGCUUGCACUCCAAACCAACCUAGCUCUGAAGGGCAUCAUCGGCAUCAACGCCAUGAGCAAACUCUCCGAGCUAGUCGGUGACAAAGAGGAUGCCUCUUACUUCAAGAAAAUCGCCAACGAAUAUAUCACCAAAUGGGAAGAAUUUGGCAUGUCACGAGAUGGCUCCCACGCCAAACUCGCCUACGACUGGUACGGUUCCUGGACAACAAUCUACAAUCUCUACGCCGACGCCCAGCUCUGCUUCCACCUCGAAAACACAAACACCACCUCCUCUCCUUCCUCCUACUCUAGCACUAACAAAUCCCCCGGCUUCGUCCCCCACCACAUCUACCAAAAACAAUCAAUAUGGUACCACUACGUCCGUCAAAAGUACGGUCUCCCCCUCGACAGCCGACAUCUCUACACAAAAACCGACUGGGAAUUCUUCUCCAUGGCCGUCGCAUCCAAGCCCGUGCGCAGUGAGAUCCUCGAAUCCGUCGCGCGGUGGGUCAACGAAACGGUCACGGACCGACCAUUCACGGACCUGCAUAAUACAGAGGGUGAUGGGAAUUUCCCGGGGAUUAAUUUCUUUGCGCGGCCGGUUAUUGGUGGGCAUUUUGCUUUUUUGGCGCUGGAGAGGGCGUGUGGGGGGAAGGCUAUGGAGGGGUUGGCGUUUUUGGAUGAGGUUGACCAGGAGACGAUGCGGGGCUGGGAGGAGGUUGCGGAGGGUGCGGUUAAGGAGUUUGAGAAGAGGCCUUGGAGGUUGCAUCAUGGGGAUGAUGAGUUGUAG